AUGGAAAGCCUCCGGUGUCCCGAUGGAUUGGGUUUUGGGAUCACUGGCAUCAUUCGAAGCCAGUCCGACUGCAAGUGCAUUCAUGGAAUGGAGCCGGUACCAGAUGAAUCAGGUCUUGCCAGUGGUUGCACGAAAUGCCCACGGGGCAAGUACAAGUCGACUGUCGACGAUGCAGCCUGUUCGUCUUGUGGUGGACUCUCAACUUUACAAGAAGGAGGAAUUUCUAGUGCGGCUUGCACUUGUCCAGCUGGAUACGUGAACGAGGUGCUGGAUGACCCUGCAAACUGCCAACCUUGUGGCCAGGGUUUCUUUUGUCAAGGUGGAACACACAAACAGGCCUGCGGUCAGUCUUUGACCUCGUCUACAGAGACCGCUAACAGCGAAUCCGAGUGUAUUUGUGCCUCGGGUUUCUUCCGUGUGGAGUCUGUGUGCGAAGCUUGUCCAAAAGGCUCAUUCAAAGCAGACAUUGGCGAUGGGGCCUGUGAACCCUGCCCAGCAGGAAAGUGGAGUAACGAGUCUGCGGCUUCGCAUGAAGACGCUUGCAUUUCCUGCAUGCCGGGCGCUACAACUCGUGAAGAGGGUGCUGACGAGAUGAGUUUGUGUGUCAGGCCUGACGGACAUCAGCUUGUGCGCUGCAUAUCGGGGAAGGUUUGCCAUGUUGAAAUCACUGGUUUCAACCUUCAAGAUGGUCAUCGGCUUGCUUUGUCGACGUCAAGCUGCGACUCGGGUGGCAAAGCGGCUGUGCCCAAUGUGGUUGCUCAAGGAGUCUCAAAGCCUGCAACAAGCAGCGGAAGCAUGCAUGUUUGGGGUGAUGCGGCUGGUGACUUCAGCCCAGAAGGAGGAAUUUACAAUCUGUGCUGGUGUGCCAACAUGCGCGAUCUUCAAUGCGGAAGUCUGCAGACCGAUUUCAUUUUGUCUGCAGGAAAACUUGAAGUCAUUGGACCUUUACGUAAUCACUCCUUGGACUGUGUUCGAGGUCAGACCUGUUUAGGUUUGCGGCCUUUUCAAGGACAUCAGCUUUCCAUAGAAGAUCGAGUGGCGGUUCGCCGUGCAUGUGGUGGUUCUGAAGUCCUAUCGCUGGCACUUGCAAAUCCCAAUGGUACUGGCAGCCUUUCGACCUUUGAUGGAGAGUUUUACCUUACAUUUGGCAAUGCUCUGCUGGAUGCGGAUGAAGCGUACACCAUUUGCUGGUGCGGCGGCUCCUGCAAUACCGCUUCAGAUUUUGCAGUGCCAGCCGGCCACUUGCAAGUGUUAGGACCCUACACAAAUCAACGGACGAACUGCUUUCUGGGUCAGCCUUGCCAUUUGCAGAACAUCAAAGGAGUUGGUUUGAUGACUGGUGACCGGAUCAUGCUCCGCACGGAUUGUGAGACAGGUCCUAUGCUUCCUGGAAGCCCCGGCAAUGGAAUUGCCUUUCGCAACGAGAAUGGAGACUUCGAUUUUGUGGGUGAAAGCUCCUUGUUGUGGUCGGCAGUGGGUAUUUUUUCCAUGUGCUUUUGCCGGCCAUCUCUGGAAAACUGUACCCAUGCUUUGGACUUUCGAGCUUCGCUGGGUCUUUUCACCACAAAGGGUCCAUUCUACGUUACAAGAGUGUGCGAACAAGGCCAUCCAUGCGCUGUACAGCUGGUUGGUAUCGGUUUGAAUGUGGGUGAUCGCUUGGUGUUCCGCAAUCAUAGUUGCCAAAGCUGGAGCUACCAAGGGGUCGCUUUCCAGGUCUUCAUGGAGCUUCCAGAGCCUUUGAGAGUGAAGGACGACGGCAAUGGACUUGAAGUUGACCUUGGAACCUUGCCCUUUGGUUCGACACCUGGUCCAGGAGGGUAUCGCAUUUGCUGGUGCCCUGCCGAUCUGUUGUGCACUUCAGCCUCAGAUUUUCGAGGUGCAGCUGGAGAACUGCAGAUUCAUUGCCCACCAGGAACGUACUAUGCGGAAUCUUCUCAAGUUUGUGCGAAAUGCCCAAAGAAGUUCUAUUGCAGGGGAGGUGACCCUACUGACGCCAACAAAGUUUCUUGCGCUGCAGAGGAGACCACCUUACAUUGGCAUGCUGCUUCGAGGGAGGAGUGCGUAUGCCUCCCUGGAUAUGGACUUGUUGAUGGCCAAUGUGUUGGCUGUGCCAAAGGCUUCUACAAGUCUGCAACCGCCAAUGAAGAAUGCGUCAGAUGCCCAGAAAACACAACGACAUUCUCUGCAGGAGCAUCCUCCAACAUGUCAUGCGUUCCAGAAACAAUGUUGGCGCCUGAAGAUGGUGAAUCCGAAUCGAAUGCCUCAAAUUCCCACACAUGUGAAGUGCCUGUCCUGACGUUCAGCCUUUCUAUCACAGCCACCGGCAACGCCUCAGACGCAAUCAGCGACAAUGUGGCAUCCGCAUUGCGCACCAUGUGGGGCACUCGUGCAAUCACAGAAGUGGACCUUUUGUACGAUAGCAACAAUUCAUCCAGGCGCAUGUCAACCAUGAGGACUUUGGUGGUCACACUCAAAUACUUGACUAUGGAGGAGGCAGAGACAUUUGCUGAAGAAGUAGAUCUCAGUAUUGCCUCAGAUGCUGUGUUGGAUACCUUGCGUCAAGACGAAGUACUAGGCAUAAUAGAUGUGCAGCCCUCCAAUGUCUCAGUGUCCCUCCUACCUUUGAUAUGCCGGGCAAACGCCCUGGUACCACCAGGUGUGACUAUUCGAAAUGUCGAAGAGUGUCUUUGCACAAGCGGCUAUGAGUACCUUGAAGAGAGCAAAGGCUGCAGUCCUUGUGGGGUUGGAGAGUACAAGAGUACGCUUGCCAACGAUAAAUGCCAGUCAUGUCCCAUUAGAAAAUCCACUUUGAAAGUCGGAGGUGCUUCAAUCCAAGAUUGCAUAUGCCAAAUUGGCACUUUUGAUGCGGAAGGAGUUUGUUCCGAUUGCACACCCGGCUUGUACUGCCCAGGAAACGGGGAGCCUUUGGAGUGUCCGCAGCACUCUCAGACCUUGGUGGCCUCUGCCAGAUCGAUUGAUGACUGCUUAUGUGUGGCCGGCCAUUACUCGAGUGGCAGCUGUGAGCCAUGUGUCCCUGGAAGGUAUAAGAGCAACAUCGGCAAUGAGACUUGUUCCCAAACAUGCCCAUCAAAUGCCGAUAGUUAUCCUGGUGCCACCUCCUUGGAAGACUGUUUUUGCGUGAAGAACUACCACGCAAUACUUUCCUCGAACGGUCGAUUGGAACGCUGUGCCAGCUGCUUGCCCUAUGUGGGCCUGUAUUGCCCCGGUGGCUUUGAACCAAAUUCCACUGAGCAUGUGCAGCCUCGAGCUGCUGCAGGCUUCUACCAGACAGGAAGCACUUUCGCUACCAAGUGUCGAGUCGUGCUAGCUGAUGGAUCCAGCGCCUGUCUCGGAGACAACCAAUGUGCAGAAGGAACUACCGGAAUGCUUUGUGGCGAAUGCCCGGCUGGCUGGGCCAAGUUUGAAGACAUCAGUCCAUGUGAGGAGUGUUUGGCUGGGGCUGGAACAGGUCAAUUGAGCACGGCCAUCGUGUUUGAGAUCACCAAGAUAGCGGCCUUGAAUUUUGUUUUAGCAGCUUUGGCUGCGUCUGAUGCAGCCAAUGCGAACCUGCCACUUCACACUUACAUGAUCCGAAUCCUAACACAAUGGUUCACAGCUUGUGCCCUGAUCACUCAUUUCAAUUUGGAACUGUUGGAGACGCCUUUUGCGCAAGCAUCCGUUUCAUCAGAUUCCUGUGAUGAAGAGCAGUUGCUGCAAUAUGGGAGUUCAAGCCAAGCGGUUGCACCAAAAAGCACAAGAACGAGUGACGUCAAUGAAGCGCUUGAAAGCUUGAGGCUCCCAUGGCCGGUGGAAGUGAGCCAUGCCAUCGCUGUGUUCUUCGCUAUCUCAAAUGUGGUGCCGAAGUUUACAUCUGUGAAGUUUUCAGCUCAAUGUCGAGCCUUCGAAUUGUUUCCAGAACGUCCCGGGGCACAACGACUUGCACCUGCACUGUAUUUCAUCUCUUUACCUCUGCUCACCUCGUUAGCAACAUUUUCGGUUUGUGCUGUGGUUGUGCAUUUCGUGGUUCCAGUUGCAAGGCGAUUUGGAGUGCAUUUCAACAAGGAAGCCAAGAAGAAACAGAAGAAGAGAAAGCGGAUUCAAGCCCUGUUUCAUGAUUCUUGGACGCGUGACUUGAAGUUAUCAGAUGUACCGCUUGACCUGCCGAAAUUCCGUGGUUUGGACUCCUUCGCUUCAAUUGUUGACACGCACCAGAGAUUUGCCAAAGAGAUUUGUCGGAUGAAAAGUGCCAAAGACCCUCAGCUUGAGGCUGUUCUUGCAGAAGAGGGUCUAGAUCUAGAAACGUUCAACUCUCCAUCAACGGACUUCUUAUUUGCAGAAUUCUCCGAAGAAGACUUGAAGAAGGUGAUCAAAGAACCCUUCGUUCCAUUGGAGCUCAUCAGUGCUUUAGUUCAUCGUGCCCAGGAAUGGGAUUUACGAGGCGCUUCGGAGGAAAGGCCUGCAAAGCAAUCUGGCCGUUUGCAAGAGGCAGCUUUAGCUUCAGAAGCAGAACAACAGGCAAAGGAUGACUUGCGUCAAGGUACUGCUUUGCCUGACACCACCCGCGAUCUCAGUAGUUUGAACGUCUGGACGGUCGAUUGUUUGGACUUUGGCCUCUUCACUCCAAAGCCAGGUCUUAAGACACUGUUGAUUCAGAGUGUGCCAGUCGUUUGGCCGACUUUGAUUGCCAUUUGGCCCCAACUUCUUUCACAGUUUCUGUCGUUAGUGUGGUGCACGCCCAUCAGGGAGGAUGCGUGCGUGCGGCCACGGCUGGUGCCAAAUCCAAGUGUUGUUUGUUUCAGCGACGAUCACUGGCCUUUGUUUAUCAUCUCAAUCGUUGGAUUGAGUGUUUGGUGUCUGGGCAUUCCAUGUUGGUUGUUUGUGCUGAUCUACCGCUUGGGGAAAACGCGGCAAGAGCUCGAAAGUGGGCGAAAGUAUGGGCUCUUUAUUCGCGGUUUGGAACCAUCGAUGUGGUGGUGGGAUCUUCUGAUCAAACGUGCAGACAUUGCUCUGAUGAUGCUGAUAGCCUACACUUCCAUGAUUGAAGAUGACACAGCCAAGCUGUUUGUAUUCGCUUUCAUAUCAGGCAUACUGCUUUGCCUUACAACUUGGUUCAAGCCAUACUCCAACAACCAAGCAGAAAUUCUGGACAUAAUGGAGACCUGUUUGCUUACUACACGCUUUGUGCUCUACUUUGUCGUGGCCAUGUUAUUGAUAAUUUUUCCAUCUCCAACAACAGUCAGGCUGUGUGCUCUUUUCGUGUUGGUGAUGCUGAUUUCCGUGUGCGCCUUUGCAGUUUUGCAUAUCAUUGCUCAAGCUCUUCGCCAAGAACAGAAACAAAGCCUGGCGAACGAGGACAGCGACGAUGACGAGGAAGAAGAUGUACAGGAGCUGGUCUCCAAGAAGUCCACUGUCCGAAAGAUCGCAGGCACUUUCAAGCGGUUGAAGCGCGCAGUAUUGGAGAACGUGGUGCCUUUUUUUCGGGAAAAUGAAGAGGAGCAGUGGACCUUGGUUUGGUCUCCUGAAAUACAAAAUCCACGUCAUCAGAAACUUAAAAAAUCACGGAGUCGCGGACGCCCAAGCUCACAUGGUGUGCGGAACAAACUGCAGCGUGCUGUGAUGAGGGCAAGGGCAAUCUUUUUGAGAUUUGGGAUCUCAAUUCAGCGCGGCUCUGUGGUGCGCGCGUACGAGGAGUUUCAUUCUUUGUGGCUGGAAGAAUUUGAGCAGAACCGCGUGCCCGGUGUGGGGACGCUCUGCGCAUUGGUGAUAGCUCAUCGGCAGUUGCCCAACAAGGGGGAUGUGACGGAAGCUUGGGCCAGUGAGGCUGAGAAAGUGCUGAAAGAUGCUGCCAAAGAAUGGGUGUUGCCAGCGCAUGAAUUCACCGACGCGGUGCACCGAUUGGGUUCCCUCCCAGUGGAAAAAGUCCUGAAGCUGAUCAACAUGGUUGACGAAGCCCUACUAGCUAUGCGAUAUCUCAAGGACGGCGAUCCAGGAGAUGCACUUGAAACGCUGCUGAAAGGUCCAGUGGAGGACCAUGAAGGAGAUCAGGUACUUGAGGAGCUGCCCGCAGAUAUUCAGGACCAUGAAGAAGAUCAUGUACUUGAGCUGCUACCCGCAAUUAUUCAGGAGGACCAUGAACGAGAUAUACUUGAGCUGCUGCCCACCGUUCCCUCCCGGUGGAGAAGGCACUGA